UCAAGUUACGUCUCUGUUAGGAGAGACAAAAAUAAAAACCUGGAUGCGAGGCAGCGACUAGAAAACUAUGGCUUGCGUCGCCGGAGAAGACGACGAUAGGGCAGAGCCCACCGCCGACAAUAGAUCCGGCAGGGACAAACUGGUGCAGCGGCUGGUUCGGCCUCGAUGGCGACACGAUCGAUUGAUUAAUGGCCGGUGGACAGUGCGAUAAGGACGGCUCGCGGCAGUGAGUUUGGAAAGUAGCCAGCGAUAGAGACGACCGACAGUUAUGGGAUGGCCGUGAAAGCAGCUGGCGAUCUGAUAACGGAGACGUAGACGAUGAUGGAGAAGAUCCGGCGACGCUAUAGACAAUGGUUCGGUAGUCAAGGACUGUAGAUCCAGUGAUGGCUAAUCGCAAAGCGGAGCCGGCGACGGCGAUGCAACUUGUGAUGGCUGUGGCUUGUGACGGCAGCGGCUUGUGAUGGCAGUAUGAAUUUCAGGGUUGGUAAUUUCUGUGUUUGUUUAUGGGCCUUUGAAGAGAAGAGAAGAGAAAACAUAUAGAUAAUGGCUGUCACGGGGUCGUUGAUUAAUGGAGGGGCUGCUUUAGGUGCAACUUUUGGUGAAUUACUGAAAGUUGUUGUGGAUGUGACUGACAAAACCAGAAAGUUCAAGUCCGAACUCGCCGGACUUAGAUCAACACUGAAUUCAGUGGAAGCAAUUGUAGUUGAUAUUGUGAAGUUGGACGGAGAAUUGAACGUUGUAGAGGAAGUAACCAAGAAACUAACCGACCUCUUGAGUGAGGGCAAUGAGCUGGUCCUCAAGUGCUCAAAAAUUGAGGGUUUGAAGUGCUUCAUGAGGCCUUUCCACUCGAAGAAGCUCAUCAAAUUUACAGACUCGCUUCAGAAAUUCUUUCAGAUCAAUGUGCAAGCUCUGAUAACUAGGGAUAUCAAGAAGAAUCGGGUGCUGAUGAAUCAAAUAAUGUCAAAAUUGAAUGAAAUGUCGAGUUCGAGGAAAGGUAAAAAGGUUUGUGAUUCCAAGGGAAAACGCAAACAGGUAGUCUCAUCUGUGAACAACUCAACUCUCUCUCACACACAUACACACAUGUUUUUCUGGUUUAAACUCUCUUCAGUUGCUUUUUUACUUCUUUCUGAGAGAUGGGUUCUGUUUCCGUCUGUGCAGACUGUUGAAAUUGUAGUCAAUGUGCACUGUGAUAGCUGCCCAAGGAGGGUGAAGAAUGUUGUUAAGUUCAGGAAAGGUUCUUAUAGAUACUCUCUCUCUCUCUCUCUCUCUCUCUCUCUCUCUCAAGCUCUUUUUCAUCCUUCUAUGACAAACAAUGGAUUAUCUAUGAUUCUAUAUCCUAUGGUUCUUGUAACUUAUUUGAUCCAUUAGAGUUAAUGAUUUGGUUAUUAAUUUAUGGAAGUCUAAGUUAUAAAUUGUUAAAGCUUUUUUUCUUGAUUA